AUGGCGUUUCAUGGUGCUUUGCAUUCGCUGCGAUCUCUCAGCAGGGCGCCCAGGUACCCUUUGUCUUACCUUGUUCAUUCACCAAUUUCAUCCUCUCUCUUUUCAACCCUUUACGCUCAAUCAAAUUCAUUGCACGAUGAACAUCGGAUCAAGAACCAAUCUACUCUUGACGAAAAUUUUGUUCUUGAUCAACUCUCUAAUCUGCUGCCAAUAUGCCGUAGUAAUAGUUCAACUGCAACCCUAUUUGAACCCAGUAAUUCGGAUAAGCAGAUAGAAAUUAGGGCCGUUGAUGGAUUUUUAUUGCCCGACGAGAAAUUACGUGGGGUUUUUCUUCAGAAAUUGAGGGGUACGGCUGCAAUUGAGCAUGCUUUAGACAAUGGUGGUGUGGAUUUGAGUGUUGAUGUUGUUGCACAAGUAGUGAAUAGAGGGGGUUUAGGUGCAGAAGCAAUGCUUGUAUUUUUUAAUUGGGCGAUUAGGAAGCCCACCAUAGCUAAAAAUAUCGAAACUUACCAUAUAAUCCUCAAAGCAUUAGGCAGAAGAAAGUUCUUUACAUAUAUGAUGCAAAUUUUGCAUCACAUGAGGGCCCAAGGUAUAAGUCCCAAUUUAGAGACCAUAUCGAUUGUAAUGGAUAGUUUCGUGAGGGCUCAACAUGUGUCUAAGGCAAUCCAAAUGUUCCGAAACUUGGAAGAAAUUGGUUUGGAGUGUGAUACUGAAUCUUUGAAUUUGCUUUUGCAAUGUCUUUGUCAGAGAUCCCAUGUUGGUGCUGCAAAUUCGUUUCUGAAUUCAGUCAAGGGGAAGAUACAAUUCAAUGGUAAUACAUAUAAUAUUAUUAUUGGAGGGUGGUCAAGACAUGGCAGAGUUAGUGAAAUCGAGAGGAUUUUGGAAGCAAUGGUAGCAGAUGGAUUUAGUGCUGAUAGUUCAACUUUCAGUUUCAUUCUUGAGGGUUUAGGGAGAGCUGGUCAUAUUGAUGAUGCUGUUGAGAUUUUUGAUAGCAUGAAGGGAAAAGGUUGCAUGCCAGACACCAGAGUUUAUAAUGCUAUGAUUUCUAACUUUAUCUCUGUUAGAAAUUUUGACGAAUGUGUGAGAUACUAUAAGGGUAUGUCGAGUAAUAGCUGCAAUCCAAAUAUUGAUACUUAUACCAAAUUGAUUGCUGCUUUCCUUAAAGCCCGAAAAGUAGCUGAUGCACUCGCAAUGUUUGAUGAGAUGUUAGGUCGAGGACUUGUUCCCACUACAGGGACAAUAACCUUCUUUAUUGAACCCUUGUGUAGCUAUGGUCCACCCUAUGCUGCUAUGAUGAUCUACAAGAAAGCAAGAAAGGUUGGAUGCAGAAUAUCACUGAGUGCUUAUAAGCUAUUGCUUAUGCGACUUUCCAGGUUUGGUAAAUGUGGAAUGUUGCUAAACAUUUGGGAAGAUAUGCAGGAAUGUGGAUAUGCUUCAGAUAAGGAAGUUUAUGAUUAUGUAAUUAACGGACUUUGCAACAUAGGGCACCUUGAAAAUGCUGUACUUGUCAUGGAAGAGUCUUUGCAGAAAGGCUUUUGCCCAAGUAGGCUCGUUUAUAGCAAACUAAACAACAAACUACUUGCUUCAAAUAAAGUAGAGAGGGCUUAUAAGCUAUUUUUAAAGAUUAAACAUGCUCGUCGUUAUGACAAUGCACAGAGAUUUUGGCGUUCUAAGGGAUGGCAUUUCUGA